AUCUCAUUCUUGCGUGCCCAGCAAUCCACCGCCAAGAAGGAAAAAGGGCCAAAAAGAAAUUGUGUCGGUUAAAAUUUUCUUUCCCUUUUCCUCAUCUCAAAUCUCUGAACCCUCAAAAUCUAAUCAAUCAUGUAGCUACCUCUGUUCUUGGCCGAAAAAGGAAUUGGAACUCUCUUUUUUGCUCCUGUUUUAAGAUUUCCCGUUGUUUAGUUCGGACUGUAGUGACUAGCGAGUGAUCAACUAUGACGGUGACAUCGGCUUCCUGUUUGGAUCGUGAAGAAGGGGAUGAUAAGGUGUGGCCCCCAGGGUUUAGAUUCCACCCAACGGAUGAGGAGCUGGUUCUUUAUUACUUGAAGAGGAAAAUGUGUAAGAGACGGCUACAGCUUGAUAUCAUACGCGAGCUUGAUGUCUACAAGUGGGAUCCUGAGGAGUUACCUGGUCAAUCCGUAUUGAAGACAGGAGAUAGGCAAUGGUUCUUCUUCAGUCCAAGGGACAGGAAGUAUCCUAAUGGAGCAAGGUCAAAUAGAGCGACUGGACAAGGCUAUUGGAAAGCUACAGGAAAGGACCGAACUAUCAAGUGCAAUUCUCGGAAUGUUGGAUUGAAGAAGACCCUAGUAUUUUAUAGAGGCCGGGCUCCUAAUGGUGAGAGAACUGACUGGGUGAUGCAUGAAUACACUUUGGAUGAAGAGGAACUCAAAAGAUGCCUGAAUGUGCAGGAUUAUUAUGCACUUUACAAGGUUUACAAGAAAAGUGGACCUGGUCCUAAGAACGGAGAGCAGUAUGGAGCGCCAUUUAAGGAAGAAGACUGGGCUGAUGAUGAAUAUGCAGUUGCAAAUAACUCUGAUACUCCUGUUAAUCAGCCUAAUGUAGUUACUCCACCUGUUGAUGCCAUAAAGGCUAUUGUUCAAGUGGAGCAACCAUUAAAUGGUAUUGAGGACUUCAUGAAACAAAUUGCUGAUGAAAAUCCAUUUGACCAGAACCAAAUAAGUGAUUGUGAUUAUACUAGUGAACUACUCCAGAUUGCUGGUGAAGAUGAGACCCAAAGUAUAUUGGUAGAUCCAUCCCUCAGAGAAGUUAUCUUUCCUGAGUCAAUCUCUCUGUCACCUGAAACUGUCCAGCGGGACAGCUUGGACUUCAACCAGUCAGCUAUCUCUACAUUUCAGUCACUUGAGGUACCUGAACCCACAUCUGGUCCUCAUAGCUCCGAAGGGGCACUGCAGCUUUGUGAAGAUAAUUUCCUGGAAUUGGAUGAUCUUAUUGGUCCAGAACCUACUUUAUUGAACAAUGAGAAAACUGCUAACAACUUAAGUUUUGAUGAUUUUGAUGGACUGAGUGAGUUUGACUUGUACCAUGAUGCUGAACUGUUUUUGAAUGAAAUGGGGCCUGUCAGUCAUGUGAAUGAAGUUGGUCUCCAGUUGCAGUUCCAUUCAAUGGCAAAUCAGGUUGACUACCAGUUACAGCCACAUUCAGCAGUAAAUGAUGUGGAUUACUUGCAGCCGGAAGCAUUUGAUGCAGCACACCUGUGGGUGGAUGAUCAGAGAAGCAAUGUCCAUGUUACUGCAGAAACAACUCAUGGGAUUCUUUCUCAACCAACUCCAGGUGUUGCACAUGAAUCUUCCAGUAUUCCUACUGGAGCUAAUGAGAAUCAAAGUAGUGGAGAGGAUGGUGGUGCUACUGGUUGGUUCUCCUCUGCUUUGUGGACAUUUGUGGAAUCAAUACCUACUACUCCUGCAUCAGCUUGCGAGACUCCUUUGGUGAAUAAAGCUUUUGAGCGAAUGUCGAGCUUCAGCAGGAUAAGACUGAAUGUCAAAAACAACAAUAUCAAUAAUGACAAUCUUAUCAGCAGCGAUCGUGCUGCAAAUUCGAAUAAAGCUGGUGGAACUAGUAGGGGUUUCCUUAUCUUAUCUAUUCUAGGAGCAUUAUGUGCCAUUUUGUGGGUUUUGUCCGGACCUAGUGUGUUGAAGAGAGCCAUCUUCUCCUGAAAUCAUACUUAUGGGAAGUUUGGGAAUUAAAAAUAGAAGCUAAGCAAUUGUUUACUCUCACGGUUCCAUUUUUCAAACGUAGAUUUUGAAAUGUAAAAGAAGAAUUUCUCAUUAGUAGGUGAGAAGUGCUCCAGACAAGAAUUGGAAGGCUACCUAUUUCUUUUUAUAUUUCUAGGCUGAUGCAACUGCAUACUUGGGGUGGGGGGGGGGGGGGUGGAAUCCUUCUUGUACAGUUAUCCAUGUUUCUAUGCCUAACUGGGUGGAUCUUAGCUGAUUGAUUCGGUUCAGGAUCUAGUGUUUAUGGGUUGUGUACAUAUAAAAAAGAGUGGGGUGUCAGAGUUUAUUAGGGUUUGUUAUUAUAUUAUGACUAAAAUGAUCUUUUUACUGAUGAUUCCGUUUAGCGAAUUUUCUUGAUAUGAUCCUCUUCAGUAUAAGUUAUAAUCAAGAUGUUUUUGUGAUAA